CAUACCCACUGAUAUGUUUAGAUUGAUUUACUAGGAGACACUGUGAGCAGACACACUGAUGCGGAUUGCACCAGCUCACACAUUUACAUAUUACUUUGACACGUCUAUUUGACUAAGGAGAGAGAAGACUAACAUUGAUAUUGACACAAUUAGAACAAAUAAGUACACAUGGUUCCCCUUUAUCUUCUCAUCCUUGUCUUUGUCCAUGGACCACCAGGUUGCAACAGCCUGUGGACGGUGACAAAAAGUACUGCAAAGAGUGGCGGAGCCAUCACAAUCCCCUGCCACUACCACCGCAUGUUCAGAGACCAUGUCAAAUACUGGUGUAAGGGCAGAACCUGGGCCUUAUGUACAGUGAUGGCAAGCACCGACCCAAGGCGGAGCAGAGGAGGCAUGUCAAUCACAGACAUCCCAGAGGAGCUGGUCUUCACUGUGACCAUGAAGAACCUACAGGAGACUGACACCAACAGGUACUGGUGUGCUCUGAAAGUGGGUGCGAUAGGCAAGCCGGAUGUUAAAGUUUCCGUGGAGCUCACAGUCACCCAAGGCUCUCCUGAUCUGUCAGUGGUUGAUGAGCUGGUAUCUGUUGAGGAGGGGGGCAGUGUCAGUGUACAGUGUCUCUACAGUGACACACUCAGAGGCAAAGAGAAGAAGUGGUGCAGGAGUGGGGACCGGCAUUCCUGUCAGACACAGACAGAUACUAGCCAGAAUGCAUCUGUUGUGAUCAGUGAUGGCAAGAGGGGAGUGUUCAAUGUGACAAUGAAAGAACUAGAGAAGAAAGAUGCAGGCUGGUAUUGGUGCUCUGUUGGAGACCUACAGGCUGCAGUUCAUAUCAAUGUCACUCAGAGAUCUACAGCACACAGGAACACUGCAGAAGCAGUGACUACUCCAACGCUGCCCAUGUUACACUCCGCAUUCUCGACAUUCACAGACUCCACAGCUACCUCUGCCUCAAAGACAAACCCUUCCGCCACAGUAGACUCUGCUCUGACAACAUCCUCAUAUGGCUCUGCAACUCCAUAUCCAUCCGUCUCAGUUCCAUACAUCACAAUCCAUUCUUCCACACUGACUUCUUCACUAACAACAGCACAACCUACAUGCUGUCCUUCUACCGAAUCUACAUCUUCUAACAAGAAAAUCAGAAACCUGCCCUGGCAUGCUCCUAUUCUCAUUGUGUUGGCCAUGGUGUUGUUGGUUAUUGUUGUUAUGGCUGCAGUCAACAUCUAUAGAUCUUCCAGGAAUAAUAUCAGACUUGUGGAAGGAGAGAUGACUGAGCUGGUGAUAAAUCAAGAUCAAUGAUAUCAAUUAAAAGAGCCUAAAAAUACAUUUGGAUCAUAAAAAUUACUGUAAGUUUGCUUUAAUAUCAACCAAAAUAAUCACAUGUACAGUAAAUGUAUUGUAGUAAUAACAUACCAUUAGGUAGAGAACAGAGAAAAAAUGCAUGAAACAUUAAACAAUUUCAAUAGAUUAUUCUGUUAUGGCUGCAAACCAUUCAAAUGACAUGUCAUCAUAAGAGCACACAUACCCACAAAUAGAUAUCAUGUGUAAUUAGCUAUCAUACAUGGUUAUUUUUUAUAAGAUAUUUGGACUCAACGAUUUAAGUGAUAAAAAUACAUAGCACUUACUUUGGUAGUCUCUCAUCACCAGAGCUGCUAGGAUGGUGCAUGCCAAAAAAUACCAGGCCAACAGCACCUUUCAGCAGAAUAUCCAGAUAUCUCUCCCAGUCCCAACUAGAAAACCAAAAAAAAUACAAAUCUAAAUGAGCUUAUCUGUUACAGUAUAUCUACACUAAUGAAUGAAAAAAGCAAUAGUUUCACCUCUCCCUUGAGUUAUCAUCCUCCGUUGCUCUCAGAGUCAAGACCAAAGGGAAAGUAAUCAGAUUCAUGGUUGGAGGAGAUAUUGCUGUGAGGGGAAGGACAUUUGAAUCAUUGAUUUGUGUAGCAAGCAUCACAUGCAGAGCACUUGUAAAUGAAAUAUAAACAAGUAUUAUUAUUAUUAUUAUUAUUAUUAUUGUUAUUAUAAUUAUUAUUAUUCUCUUGUUUCAAUAAAUGUCUCUUGAAAAUGAAAGAUGU